AGUAACUGCUAGUUUUGCUGAGAUCUGUAAGAACCCAGCUAUGCUCCUGUCUUCAAAGAGCUCGUAGACUGACUCACAGAGUUCAACAGCCUCCAUUUGUUUUUUCUAGGGCUGGAGCAGAAAAAUCUGUGUAUGGCUCUAAUGCCGGAGUCUUGCUCAAUGCCUAUGAAUAGGCAACUCUCUCAAAUGCAGCUCUGUUACAAUUUUAAAGAUAUCUGGUGAAUACUGAGGUCUAGGCAUACAUGCCUAUGUUGGUAGAUUUGGAUGAGUCAUGUAUUCUCUUAAAUGAUUUUCAUGAAUCGUAUUUCAUUGCUGUAGAUGAGGCAUAUUUCAUUUAAUUACAUUUUAAAUUAUUACUUUUUUUUUUUCAGAUUACUUGGGGAAUCUGGCACUGAAAAGACUUUGUUUGUAAUAUCAGCAUGAGAGUCACCUUUAUCUGUUGGAUGAAUAAUAACUAGAAUGGCUUUAUCAUUGUUAAGAAGACAGCACAUAGGAAAUGAGACAAUAUGUAUAUAUUUUUUCUACCUAAGAUAGAGAAAGUAUGAGCUCAAUUUAUGUGAGAAUUUGGUAUCAACUGAAGUACAUUGCUGUUUCCAUAAUACAGGGAUUACUCACCAUCUUUCAAAGUAAAAAAAAAAAAUGUUGAAGGGUUUGUUGUUUUUUUUUUUUUUAUUAUAAAAUACAGUUUAUUUUCUACGUUGCAUGUCAGGUGAAACCUUUGUUUUCUUGGACAUAAGCAGCUGACUUACUGCCUGUCUCACAAGUGGAAUGUGUCAGAACUAUGAUGGACUGUUCCCCAGGGGAAGGAGUGCAGCAACUGAGGGCAGCAGCAAGACUGACAGGACAGUGUACUCACCAGCACAGUCCCACAGUGCCUGAGAGCUUGUUUGCCUUGCAGUGUGGAAGAAUCAUCACAUGCGGACCGUUACCAACUAUUUCAUAGUGAAUCUUUCUCUGGCUGACAUUCUGGUCACAAUUACUUGUCUUCCAGCAACUUUAGUUGUGGACAUCACAGAAACGUGGUUCUUUGGGCAGACCCUCUGUAAAGUGAUUCCCUACUUACAGACAGUUUCUGUCUCUGUGUCUGUCCUAACACUCAGCUGCAUUGCUUUGGAUCGAUGGUAUGCAAUUUGUCACCCUUUGAUGUUUAAAAGCACAGCCAAGCGAGCAAGGAACAGCAUUAUAAUUAUCUGGAUUGUGUCCUGCAUCAUAAUGAUUCCUCAGGCUAUUGUUAUGGAGUGCAGCAGUGUGUUCCCAGGAUUAGCCAAUAAAACCACCUUGUUCACAGUGUGUGAUGAGCACUGGGGAGCUGAGGUUUACCCCAAAAUGUAUCACACAUGCUUUUUUCUGGUGACAUACAUGGCACCACUGUGUCUUAUGGUGUUGGCCUAUUUGCAAAUAUUCCGAAAGCUGUGGUGUCGCCAGAUCCCAGGAACUUCUUCUGUUGUUCAGAAGAAAUGGAAGCCUCAGCAGCCCUCAGCACAGCCCCGUGGGCUGGGACAAUCAACAAAGUCAAAGAUUAGUGCUGUGGCAGCUGAAAUAAAACAGAUUCGUGCAAGAAGGAAAACAGCACGUAUGCUAAUGGUUGUCCUUCUGGUUUUUGCACUUUGCUAUCUACCAAUCAGCAUCCUCAAUGUCUUGAAAAGGGUUUUUGGGAUGUUUAAUCAUGCUGAUGACAGAGAAACUGUAUAUGCCUGGUUCACAUUCUCACACUGGCUUGUAUAUGCAAACAGUGCAGCCAAUCCUAUUAUUUAUAACUUCCUCAGUGGGAAAUUUAGAGAAGAAUUUAAAGCAGCAUUUUCCUGUUGCAUCCUUGGCAUUCGCAGCCACCAUGACGAACGGUUCACCAGAGGUCGUGCCAGUACAGAGAGUCGGAAAUCCUUGACCACCCAGAUCAGCAAUUUUGAUAACAUUUCAAAACUUUCAGAACAGGUUGCAUUGUCCAACGUAAACACAAUUCCAUCAAAUGAUAUCCCAGCCGUGCUCAGCCCAUUGAAGUCAGCGGAACUACAUCUCCACAUACCUGGGAUGAACAUGACUUCAAAUAUAGAUGAAGCCAUGAGGGUUUCUGCAGAAGACACUGUCAGAACAGAGAAUGCAGAGUGGGAUAAAUUUGUCCCUAGCAUAACUAAACUUACUUCGAUGGAGUUACAGCAAGGGUGACUUUGGCUCAAUACACUACAACUGCCAGAGAGUGUCACAUGCUUUCAGCUGUGGUACAGACUACAACUGGACAAAGGGAUUCCUUCAAAAUAACUGCCUGUCCUCUUUCUUCUCAGUCUUACAGAAACCUACUUACCUCAGUAUGAGCUAAAGAACAUGUCUUUACAAUUCUUUUUAAAGAUUGGAUUGUAUCAUACUUUGUAAAUAUUGUAGAUAUUUAUUUUUAUAUAUUUUAGAUGCUGUGAAAUGUUCUAAAAUAUAUCAUAUAAAGAAAUAUAAGUAUUUGAAAGAAGGCUCAAACAUGAUUUAUUUAUAUCCUCUUUCUAGAAAUGAUUGACUCAUGUACAAGGAAUGCUUACUUAUGCACUAGUGAUAUCCUGGAAUUACUUUGCACUUCUUUUUCUGCAAAUCCACUUGUAGUAAGUUCUAUGUUUAUUACGGAACUUUCACUUCAUACUGAUUUGGGGAGAGUUCGCAUUACUUUUCUAAGUACAGACAUGCUUCUAAGAUGUGAAUCCACAGUGCUGAAAGUCAGAUGUUUUCAUAAGGUUACACUUAAACAGCCUUUUCUUUUCUUUUUUUUUUUUCUCUUUCUCAGAUUUGAGUGCCUAAAAAAUAACCAUUUAAAUAAAACUUAUGUGAUGCUCAAAGGUGCUAUAGGCUCAGAUUUCCUACUCAGGCCAACAGGAAUAACAAGUGUCAGCACCACUGAAGGUCAGGACAUUUUAACUUUGGUAGCUCAUUUUAGUCUGUAAUGUUUAAGAGUUGCUCUAGAAGAUCUCUUAAAAUCUUUGACACAGGAAAUAUUAGUUGUCUUUCAUUUUCAUGACUUCUCUCUCAACUGUUAUUUAAUACUAAAGAUACAAUCAAUUUACAAAUCUACAAAUCUAUUCAUGGGAUAAUCUCUAUAACUUGGAGCUUCCUACUAUGUAUUGUGUUUUUCUCCUUAAAAGGAUGAAGAUGAUGCAUCACUGGAGAUUUUGUCUUCUAGAAGAAUGUGGUCUGUUGGUUAGGAAAAGGCUAAUUAUCAGAAACUGAGAUACAAUUUCCCUGAGGUACUAUUUUUGUGUUUCAGUUCAGAUUUUUCAAAAGAAAGGGUAAGACGAGAGAGAGGACUUCAUUUUUCAUUAAAAAGAAUUUGGCCUAGAAAGAAGACUGUGUCAUAUAUUCAACUGUUUCUGUAAAGCCAAUUGUUAAUUGCCCAGGUGUUAUUUGAUUACCUUUUGUAAAUAUUUUUUCUAAGUUUUCCUUUGACCUAGUGUCAUGCAAUGUACUGUCUAUCAUGGCAACUAUAGUUUUAUGAAGUGCUCAAUCACUUUAUGCUUUAGCCUUCCCCAACAGCUGUUUUACUUGACAUUGUUGCAAUUCCUCCUAGUUUACACUGGUGUUAAGUGAGAGAAAGGGAUUUGCAUUCAUUUGUAUAUUCAAGUUUUCUAUUUAAAGAUAAAAAGAAGAAUACUCUUUUUUUGAUUAAAAAAGAAUAAAGAGAAAUAUAUAAAUGGACAGAAUGUUCAAGUAUCAAAUAAAAUAAUAGGAAUUUCAAUAUUCCUAUGUGUAAGCCUAAUUUUUAAGUAUAGCUAUUAUGUCAAUGUUAUUUCAAGAAAUUAUUUUGCUUUGUCUCUUCUAAGAAAAUAAAACCCAAAUAAUUGUGGAAAGCACUGCAGGAUUUGAUUUCAUAGCUAUCUCAAUUCCUUUAGCAUGAAAAGGCUAUUUUUGCCCUUCAACCAUGGAAAAUGCAGAAUUGUUAAAGAGUGUUGAACAAGAUAUAUCUUUUUUAUACAUAUAAUUUGAAAUGAUUGAACAAACAGCUGCUGAAUUAAAACAUUACAGAUAUGGGAAAAUGGAAUUUAAAAAGUCCUCUAAAUUUUUCUUUUGUUUAGCUAUAACCAAAGAAAUAGUCAAAAAAUUAAAAGCUAUUAUAGUAACCCAGCUGAAAAAUAGUUAUCAGUAAUCAUUUAUUUGAGACAUAAAAUAUUUCAGCUCACGGUUGAAAAAUAUCUAUUAUAUGCAGAUUUGGCAAAGCUUUAUUUUUAUUUCAGAAAAUGCAUUUUUAGGUUUUCAUUGAAGAAAGAGAAAAAAUGUAGAAAGCUAUGGUUAUUUAAGAAAACUUGGACAGCAUAAGAGGGGAACAUGUAUACUUUUCAAACAUAGAAGGUCGUGGGUCACUGUGGAAGGCCAGCAAAAUUUUUAGGCUUUGUUUGGUGUGUUGUCCAGAUCCCUGUGAGAGCAGAGAGGAAAAGGGUACAGUACUCCUAACCUGGGCCAGCAAACAAAGAACUAAAAUAUCAAUGUCAGUCAUGCUUAUGGAAAAAUCCUAAUUAGCAUCUUUCUAAAGAGGGGGUGAAAACCACCUGCUGACACGAGUCAUAUUCUUUUUGCUUCUACCUUAAUGCCAGGGGGAUAAAUUGUGUUAGCUAAGUUAGUUCUGAGGCAAGAACAUUACUGAAGGUCAAUGGCAGUUUUUGGAGCCUGGAGGUGUUCUGUGCCGUGUUAGAAAGGGAGGUUCUGGCCUUGAAUUUGUCUUUGUAAGAGAAAGACAAUUAAUUUUAAUUAAUUUUGUCUUUGUAAGAGAAAGCAUAUCUUUUGUUCUCUUUUUUAUCUUUUCUUAUUUUCACCUAGAUCUUCAGAAUUAAAAUGUUCCAACAUUUCUAGGAAUUUCUUUUAACCACAACUUUAACUUAGGAGUACUUUUUAUGUGGAAAAGAUAAAUAAAAUAUGAGACAUUCAUUAGAAAAUGAUUCUGGUUUUUCUCUGGACAAUUUCUAUUGAGUAAACAACAUAUCUUUCAGACUCAAAUUUUACAAUCAGAUGUUACAUUGGAUUUGAAAUUCUGAGAAUAUAUAGAGAGCGUUAACGAAUUUUUGACAGAGACUAUGCUUAUCAAGCUAAAUAUUGGUGAAAUAUGGUUAUCAAGAUAAAUAUCUGGUUAUUUUUAUGAAAAUAUUUUUCAUUCAAAAAUAAAUAUUUUUGAUGAAAAUAUUCCUAUGCUUUUAUUUCUUUAGUUUUAAAAAUAUCAAGAAAUACCAUUUUUAAUUAAAAUAAUCACUGGGAGCAAUAGCCAGUAUUGGAGAUAGAAAUAGCUGGGAGAAUAGAGGGUAUAAUGAAUGUACAUGUCUUAUCCAGCAUAUAAAUACUGAAAAUUAUCUGAAAGCUGAGCCUUAAUUGCAUUUUGUUACCUCUAGCUGCUUUGCUAUUCUAAUAUUUCCACUACUGAAAUGGAGAGAAAUGGAGAAACAGAGUUUUCAUGCCAUUGUCUCUACUUGUCCACAGCAUCAUUAAACAUUGGGUUUAAAUCACAGCAUAUUUGUUCCUGCAGAUAUAAGUUGUUGUGCCACCAUCAUUCUGGUGCUUUGUCUCUCAACACAUUUCACAUUCUGGCCUGUUUCUCCUUUACUGCUGUCACUGUAGUGAUAAGCUUGUGCCUUGCAGUCACAAUGAAUGUAAGAUAAUAUCUCCCUGUCUCCACCUCCAAAAACACAAUGUUUUUCCUUUUCUUCUGGACUACACAGAGAGAACCAUCUCAUUCUCUGAUAUUAUCAAAAUUGAUAUGUGUUAUUAACCUGGAGAGUGCUUUAUAGGAUGGAGAAUACACCGAACAUUAGUUUAACUCAGCCCUCACUCUAUGACGUGUCAUAUCCUACUGCUGCAUAAUACAAUGGUUUAAGGCAAAGCCAAAUUUAGCUUUCCAACCUAGAAUUUGUCUCACAGCUAAAAUGAUAUUAAUGUCUCAGGCUGUCCUUUCUACUUGACAAUUAGGUUUUUCAGUGGCUGUUGGAUAUAUUGGGUGAAGUAAUAUAUUAUUUAUUGAACAAUUUAAAAAGCCCACAAACAAAUAUUUAGUAACUUUCUCGUUAAGAGUUUACAUAAAUAAUUCAGUUAAAA